UUAGUUAUACAUAAACAAGACGUAUGUGUUAUGCGUUAAGGAGUCCUAAAUUUUCUCAAAAACUAUGAUCAGCUUUUUUAUUUUUUCUUACUCAUUCAAUCAUUAACAAUGUCAGAAAAUGUCUUAACUUUAAAGAAUAGUUAUGAGGAAGAAUUACAAGAAAAGAAAUCUUUUUCAAUUGAAAAAUGGGCAGGUGGAAUAUUUGUUAUCGGACUAGGGGGAAUAUUUUUUAUGAGUGGAUUUCUAAGUACUUCCAUGGCAUUUAAAAAAAAAUCACCAUCAGUAGAUAUUAAAUAUUCAGAUAGCGAAAGGCACCUUAUUAAUGGAAGGAAGUUAGCUACCAAAGCUUUAGGCAUUGCAUCCUUGUACUCUUCAAUUUCGUGCGGAAUUAUAUUUCUUUCAAUCUGGAAAUUGAGUGGAGCCUCAUCUAUUGAAGAUUUUCGAUAUAAAAUGAGAAGUUUAUUUUUUAACAUUCAUAAGAAAGAUAACUAAGGCUCUAUAAUAAAUAAUUAGCUAUUAUUAAAUUUGUAAAAUAUUAUAAUUAACUGUACAAAAUAUAAAAUCAAUGUUAUUUAUAAUGAGUUAAACAUUUCUGUAGAUAUAUUAUCUAAUUAUACAGUUUUCAUCCUAGAUAAAAUUUUUUAAAUGUGUCAUUUCAAAAGUUGCAGAAAAAAAGCUUUAAGCUUUAAGCUUUAAGCUUUAAGUCACGAUUCGGGAACCCGCGAAAACGACCUUACGUUUACAUUUGAAAUUGAUAAAAAAUACAACUAUUCUGACUCAGUUAAAAGAUUCCUGGUAAUAAUUGACUCAAAGCAAUAUAUAUUAACUAAAUACUAGUGAUGAAAGAAAAAAUCUUCGACAAAUAAUCAUCGAUUCGAUUGAUAUGUAAGGCUAAAUUAAAUAUAUUUAUAGAUCUCAUCGAGCUGAUGUGUAUCCGUUGACUGUUGAUUGAAAUUAUCGAUGUUUCUCUCAAUAAUAUUAAGAUAUCCGCAAUCACCAUGGGUAGCCCGGUCACGGCACUAACUUGAACUCGAACCUUGACGAUAGCUUUCUUUAGAAAUUCGUUGUUUUUUCGUGAGAAUAUCACUCUAGCAUAGCUGUUUAUCGCAUCAGAUCUAUAUCUAUAGACUCGGGGGCCAUUUUCUAUAGGAAGUCGAUGUUUUUCCACGAGAAUAUCAUCCCGGGAUGGCUGCUUGCGCGCACUAUUUUGGAAAGGUCUGAAAUUUAGUUUGACAAUUAAAAGUGCCAAAAUGUUCUCUCCAUAACUGGAAGCACUCUAAUACCAUUAAUAAAAUGAUCUGUCGUUUUAGUUCUCUUAUCAAAAUAACAUAGAGUACCUAGUAUGUCCAGCUGGGCCUCGUAGUUUGAUAACUUUAAAUUACUUUCCUAAAUGAUUAAAAUGAUAAUCUCAAAUUUUACACUAUUGACAAUUUCUCGGCUAUGAUAUUAUUGAGAUCAAAUAAAUGUUGUCAAGUAUUCGUCAAACUAACAUUUUCAUUUUUUAAAAUUUCAGAAUUUGCAUAAAAUAAUCGACAUCAGAUCUAAUGUCAGAUCUGAA